AUGGAAAUAUUGGGAGACUUGAGGAGUUACGUCGAUUCAGACAUCCCCAAUGGUAUUGAAGGUAAUGGCCAUGCUCAUGCACUUAAUGGACACGUAUCUAAUGGUAAAAGAAAGUUAUCUAAUCUGGAUGUCUCAUCAGCAUUCAUUACUAAACGAAAGCGAACAACAUCAUCUGGGUUUGAACAAUAUAAAGCUGGUCUGAUAAUCAAAGUGAUUAUUACUGAUUUCACCACUUAUUCUUACGGAGAAUUCAAAUUAGGACCUCGAUUGAAUAUGAUUGUGGGACCCAAUGGGACUGGCAAAAGUACUCUUGUUGCUGCCAUAUGUUUAGGGUUAGGAGGGAAAUUAGAGCUUAUUAAGAGAAAGACCAUGAAAUCGAUGAUCCGUAAUGGGAAGACACGCGGUACGAUUGAAAUCACUUUGAAAGCGGCCAAUGAUAACGAUUCAGUGGUAACUAUUAAGAGAAGUUUCACUGAGAAAGAUUCAGAAUACACGAUAAAUGGUGAAUUACAAUCAGAAACUAAAGUUCGUCAACUUGUUAAGAGUUUGAACGUUCAAUUAGAUAAUCUUUGUCAUUUUCUACCGCAGGAGCGUGUUGCUGAAUUUGCAACGUUAUCUGCUGAUAAGCUUUUAAGAGAAACUGAACGAACAAUGAAGAAUGGGGAAUUGCUUCAAAUGCAUGAGAAUUUAAUUCGUAUUGAUACUCAAGUUAGAGAAUUAUCUAAAGAAAUAGACGAAGAUAAAGCCAAAUUAUUGAAAUUAAAGGAAGAAGGAGAAGCAUUACAAGAAGAAGCCAAAAAGUAUACGGAUUUCCAAGAGAAAACUAAAGAACUUGAAGUGCAUAAACUUUUAAUUCCCUAUGCCAUUUUACAAGAUAUGAAGAAGACCAGUAAAGAACUCAAACAGAGGAAAAAGGAUGCUCAAAAUAAAUUAAAUCAAUUUGGAACUUCUGCAAUUGGACCAAUAAUAGAACAAGAAGAUACACUUAAAUCUGCAAAACUGGAACAUUUUAAAGCCUUAACCAAACAGCAAACGAAGUUAGAAGCUUUGAAUCAGUCCUUGAUUAAGCUAAGUUCUGAAGAAUCUGAUUACGAUAAAAGAUUAGUUGAGUUAGAGGAAAGGAAAGUGGAGUUACAAAGUCGUGGGCAGAGUGCUGCCAAAAGACUUGUUGAAGUGAAAAGACAAAGAGAUGAUUGCAAAUCAAAACUCGAAAGUCUUGAAGAAAUAGAUCCAAACAAACGUACUCAGUUACGAGAAGAAAUUAAUAAAAGAGACUUGGAAUUAACAGAUAUAGAGGCCCAAUUAAACUCCUUACGAUUUGAAAAGCAGGAACCACAGAAAACUUUAAAGUCAGUGGGGAUUGAAUUGACCAAAUUACAGAACCAAUUACAUUCUAAAGAUAGACUACCCCAGCUUGCACAUUCAAAACUUAGAGCAUGUUAUCAAGUGCAUUCUAAAUUAAGACAAAUUUCAAAUAAAAAUUGGAAUUAUUAUGAAGCACCUAUAUUAUCUUGUCAAGUUUCAAGUAAACUUUAUGCACGAUAUAUUGAAAAAGUUGUUGAUAAUAAUUCAUUACAAGCCGUUGUUUUUGAUAAUUCUUUGGACUUUGAGAAGGGAUCUUCAAUGAUUCAACGUAUUAGUAAUUUCCCUCGAAGGUUAGUGGGGAAAGUAUCGUCUCUGAAUCAAACAGCAGCAUUGCCGUCAUUAGAAAUGGUUAAAAAUUUUGGAUUUGAUGGUUAUUUAUCUGAUUUCAUUAAUGGACCAGAACCUGUUAUUCGAAUGCUUAAAGAGAAUGCCAAAUUAGACCAAAUACCGGCCACGACCAAAAAGUUAUCAGAAGCUCAAUUAAAUAGGUUGACAGAACCAGAUGUCAAUGGUAAGAUUCCAUUUAUGAAAUUCAUAACUGGAGAUACGUUGUACACCAUGAAGAGAUCAUUUUAUGGUAGAAGACAGUUAUUUUAUACUACUGAAGUCAUUCCAUCCAAGGCCGAUUUGUUGCAACCAGGUAUUAGUGAUGACGUGAGAGAUAGAAUCAACAGACAAAUUGAACUGUUAACAAGAAGGAAAGACGAAGCCAAUGAUGCUAUCAAAGAGGUUUCAACUAGAAUGCAAUCAUUAGAACAAGAAUUGCUGAUGACCAAAAAAGAUAGAGAUCAAUUGAGAAUAGAAGAAGAAAGUGUUCAACAAUUAAUUAGAAAAAGGAACACUUUAAGUUCUCGGAUCAAAAUAUUGGAGGAAGAAAUAGAUAAGCUAAAGGAGCAAGCAGAAAGCUCUGAUCUUGAACAAAUAAAGAUCGUUAAUAAUAAGAUUGUCCAGUCAAAAAUCAAACUUCAACGGAAACGAUUGGAGAAAGCCAAUAUCACGAAGCAAGUGAUGGAAGAAGGUAUUUCGGUACAUCGGUCGAGAUUAUUGCUUUAUAAAUUUGAGAAUCAAAUUGAAGCCUUACAACAAAUGAGAGUUGAAGUUGAAAAAUUAAAAGUUGACUUACAACAUGAAUAUGAUGAAGCCAAAAGGAAGUUUGAUAGUUUAGGAAUGAAAGAGAAGAUUGCUGAAAUUCGAAAGGAAAGAGAAUCAUACACUGAGGAGCAACUUCAAAGAAUUGAUGAAUUGGCUCAACAAUAUGUGGCGAAUCAAACAUUAACUGAAAAUUAUUUACGUGAUCGAAUCAAAACUUUUGAAGAUCAACGAAGACUUUUAUCCACUGCGGAUCAAAAUUCUAUUAGAACUUUAAAGGAGAAGCUUCGAGAGAUUGAAUUAUUGAAUAGAAGUAUACCUGCCAAACAAAGUGCAGAAACCGAAUUAAAGGAUCAAAUCAGUUUGAUACGAAAUCAAUGGGAACCUCAAUUGGAAGAAUUAGUCAAUGGGAUAUCACUAGCAUUCAAUGAAAGGUUCACCAAAGUAGCCAUUGAUGGGAAAGUUGUGUUAACUAAAGAAGACAAAUAUAAGGAUUGGUCAUUGGACAUUUUGGUUAGAUUUCGGCAAGAAGCCGAUUUGAAACGUUUAGAUAAUCGAUCUCAAUCUGGAGGUGAAAGAGCCAUAUCUACAAUCAUAUUUAUGAUGUCGCUUCAUGGAUUAACUGAUGCUCCCUUUAGAAUAGUUGACGAGAUUAAUCAAGGUAUGGAUGCCAAUAAUGAAAGAAUGGCCCAUAAGUUCUUGGUGGAAACGUGUUCAGGAGCGAUUAGUUCUCAAUAUAUUCUUGUUACUCCUAAACUAUUGACCAAUCUUUAUUAUGAUGAAGAUAUGAGAGUCCAUUGCGUUUACAGUGGUAAGUUUCUCCAACCACCGGAAAGGCAUUCAAGUACAAUAGACUUUAUGGAUUUUGCCAACUGGAAAAUAUAG